UCACAUGGUUUGUGUUUGCAGUGACUUCAGAGCACUGGACUAACUUCUGUUACACACAGUUAUGAUGAAAGUGUUUUAUUCUUCCUUUGUGAAAUACUGAAACUACAGAGGAACUUUUAAUCGAAAAGUGGCAGUGAAACAAUGGAAAUACCAGCCAUAAGUCUCAAGACAAUCGUGUUGGUUCACUGGAUACUGACAGUCUGGGCAUGCUCAUUUCCCUGGCUUCCUACUUCUUAUGUGUUGGGGAAUGUGAGCGUUCUUGCAGUGGGAGUGUGGGCCAUAGCACAGAGAGACUCCAUAGAUGCUGUAUUAUUGUUCUUGAUCGGGUUGGCAGUGACCAUCUUGACUGACAUUGUUCAUUUUGGUCUUUACUAUUUGACGAAUGCAAACCCGCCGGACUUGUUCCGUUUUAGUGCAGGCAUGGCCAUCCUGAGCCUGUUGCUCAAACCGGUUUCCUGUUUCUUCGUCUACCAGAUGUACCGCGAGCGGGGUGGCGAAUACAACAUCAACUUUGGUAAGUUGGUGACUGAAGAAAGGAAAAAGAAUGGUGACUGAUUUUAAUGUAAUGGGUGACUGAUUCAGUUUGGUACUUUGUGAUGCAUGUGAAGUUCUUUCCAUGUAGUUAAAAUACUAGCUUUGUUUGCUCUGGUUUGUUUAAAGCAGUAUCUAGCCUAUUUUUAAGCAUUAUAAUUAUGUGGACAAGCAGAGUAUUUCCGUGAAAAUGGCAAAAUGAGUAAAAAGAGGAGCGGGUAAUUGAGUUUUAGAGAGUCACAAGACACAUGCCUGACAGAGUGGCCCACAAAAAAGAAAAGAGACAUACUACAUCUUGGCUGAUCUCUGUUGUUUGAGGAACAAGUGUGUGGACCUAAAUGGAUUAGGGCAGUUAUUAUUACUUAUGGUCCUUGAUCUUAACUGUUUUGUGAAGGUCUGAAUCAACUUCAAUGUUUUAUUUCACUAGGUCUACUCACCCAGUAAAUCUUGAGAUAACAGUAAGAAAUAUAUAUUUUUUAAUGGAAGAGAACCUUUUAGAAAAAGAACAUUUUAGAUAAAACCUUUGAACCUUGAAACCUUCAAUCUGAAAAAUAUCUUGUAGAUGUGUGUGGUUUUUUUUUUGUUGAGUAUCUGAUACAUCAGGAUUUUAUAGGUCAUGUAGUAUGAAAUAAUAGGAUAAUAUGGCGCUCAUACUUUAGGAGGAAAAUAAUUUAGUAAAAAUAUGCCAUUUUUGUAGCUGCUUAUAUUUAUAUGGACAACAGCUAAGAUCACAUACUUAUAAUGUAAAUCAGUGAGAUCUUUGUAACAGUAUAGCAGACUACUUGCAUAAAAUGCAUGUAAAUAUCAUUUGUCAUUGAUAUUGUCACACUAUAUUUACAACUGAUAUAACUUAGAUGAUAUUUAAUCACUGUAAAAAAAAAGUCUGUGAAAUUUAAGAAAAA